GCGGGAGAUGGCGGGGCCCGGAGCUGCCGCAUCCCCCGCCGCGCCGUGGCCGAGGACGGGGCGCUCCUCCCGGGGCGGGGGGAGGCUGCGAGGCCCGGCCCGUUCGGUCAGGCCCCCGCCGUGAGGCCGGCGUGCCGGGGCCCGGGAGCUCUGGCUGCAGCCGCCAUCUCGGCAGCCCGGAGCCUGUAGGCCCCAGCAGUGGGCAACCGUGCCGCCGGCUCGGGCAUCCCUGCCCGGGCACCCCCGGCUCGGGCAUCCCUGCCCGGGCACCCCGGGCUCGGGCGUCCCCGGCUGAGGCACCCCCUGCCCGGCUAUCCCUGCCCGGGCACCCCCUGCUCCCCACAGCCAGGCCACACGGUUUGGGUUCCCAGUUCGGCGGUGGCCGUGCCAGGCCCCUCGCACAGGCCACCCCGCGGCUGGGCCAGCCGAGCCCCAGGCUCAGGCACCCGGCACUGAAGUGCCCGAGCUUUGCCAGAGCUGCUGCCGUGCGGUGGGUGCCCGGACCCCCCCCGAACGCUGGCGGCAGCAUCACGGGUCCCUGCCCCGCCGGGCCGGUGUGUCCUGCUCCUCUGGAGUUGCGAAAAGAGCGUGGGAGAGGCAGGUCCUGCCGUGGCAGCCCUCAUCUCCCUCCUCACCGCCUCUCCCAAGCCUGCCAGCGCCGAGAGGCAAGUGCGCAGAGCUGGCACAAAAAGCAGGUUAAUAAGCAAAUGCCACGGUAAGUCUACAGGCAGUAUCAUGCUGGCUUAAACAUAAAAGUAAAUCAGUAUUUAAUGAGCGAGCCUGGCUCAGCCUGUUGUUCAGUAACAUGCUUGUGCCUAACAGGCUGCUCCUGCGCACACCCCAAAGUGCUUUGGGUGCUGGAAGUUUACAGCUCCUUAACUUAAAAUGGUUGUAUUUCAGUUGGUAGGACGACCCCGGGGCCCUCUGCUACGCCCUGCUCUAUGUACUGAUCAGAAAUCACGAGCCACACGGAGAGGGGACAGACCCCAGGAGCAGGAGGAGAUGCAGGCACCGCAGCCUGGCGUUGCUGGCAGCCUGGGGCUGCAGCCGGGGCGGUGAGAGGGGGCUGCCCAGCCCCUUCCCUCUGCUUCACCAGCACACCCAGACAGGUUGGUCCUGGCAGCCUCAGCGGUGCUGGUUUCGAAACCAGCCAAGCCAGCAGUCCUCGCCGCAACCCGGCCAUGCUUUUCCAUAGCGCUGGCCCUAGGGAGCAGGGGCUGUACCAGAGCAUCCCACCUCCCACAGCACUGCGAGCAGGUGCCAGGGCAGCGGAUGAGCGGUGGGGUGUGCGGCGGGACUUUCCAGCUACCCUGGCAGCCUCCGGUUCUGCCGCACCACCUGUCGCAGCGGGUGACUCUGACCAUCUCGCUUUAGGCAGGACCUAGGUGUCGGAGUGAAAGAUGCAGCAGCAGCAAGAAUUGUGCCUAGUGUGAGGGCUGCAAAGGAGGCACGGGGAAGGUUCGGAGUGGUUGGACAAGUCGUUGCCCCAAAUCUGCCUCACACGUGCUGCCAGGACAGCGGGACCUGCAGGCAGUAGCACAAGGACAUUUCCCUCUGUGCCCAGGGAGAGCUGCCGCGAUCCCCCCCAGGUUAUUUUACCUUACCCAGAGCGUUGCCAGCUCCUGCAGCCCAUGUCCCCCUGUUCCACCCUUCCUCCUCGCCCCCAGCAGUGGUACCCUGAAGGCAGUGGCAAGGCACCCAGGGAGGCUCGGCAGGACGCCGGUGACCCCAGGCUGGGCCACCCUCCCUUUCCCACCAAGUAGCAGUGGCACUGGGAUGCUGGGCUGACUGGGAUGCUGGGCACAGCUGUCAGCGGAGGGAGGGAAUGAAACAGCAGCUCUCUGGGAUCCAGACCAGCCAGGGACCGAGGGGUCGGUCCAGCCUGAGGGCACUGCACCCCCCUGCCCUGCUGUGGGUCUGUACACCCCCACCUCCCCCCGGCACUGCAAAUCCAGCAGCAGGUGGGGGCUGUGGGCACGGCCCCGCAGUGCAGCCAGCCGCGCUGUGCUGGGGCUGGAGCCAGCAGUGACUCAGCAGGCGCCCGCCGGGCGGCCCUGCCACAAGCCCCUGCUGCCCGGAGCUGGGCACGGGGCUCGGGGAUGCUCCCGGCCAGCCCCCGGCUGAGGGCUGGACCCCUCUUCGCGUGGGGACCGUAGGGUGGUUGCGGCACACGAGCAGUAGCCCAAGGGUUUGGGGGGCAGCAUGCCAUCCGGGCAGCGCUGGCAGCCACAUCCCACUGGCUCCCUGCAGCGCUGGGCUGUAGGGAUUUGGGGACUUGAAAUCCCACGUGUGCAGAGUCUCGCGCAAGGACACCGUGCAGGACACCGUGCCGGCCAGCGCUGCCCACGGCGGGUCUCUGCUCCUGUGGGCAUGAAUGCCACCUGCAAGCACAGCCCUGCUCAGCAGGGAAGGGUUAAGCGCCGUGCCGGCUAUCAGGGAAGCUUUCCUCUCCUCCUUCUUGCCAAGGUUUAAAUUUAGUCCCUGCAUGAACCCAGAGGACUCGGGCAUCAGGUUGCACCGGGGCUGGCAGCGCCAGGAGCACCUGCCACCACUGCUUCUCUGCAAAAAUCCCCCUGAAAGCUGGAACUGAGCUCCGCUGGCAGCAGCCGGGGCCAAGAAGCCGCAGAGACCCCAGUGCCAUCCAGGGCACCCCAGCUGCUCCUGUAGGUUUCCCCAAGAAAGGCCAAUACUGCCUGUCCGUCGUUCGGCUCUUGUGAGCCCCGGAGCGCUCAGUGCCGGUUUGAUUUGAGACCUUCGGUUUGCUCCUGGUUGCUUGCGAUUAGUGACGGGGGAUAAGGUGGGUUUUGGGGCAGCCCCCAGGAUGAGGACACGCCAUCCCUGUGGCAAGGCAGGCAGAGGUUCUGGGAAAGGAGCUGUGGUGGGGAUGGAGCAGCAGCCUGGGACCCCAGCCGUGCCUACUGCGCUGGGGAGGGGACAUCCCCAGAGGGGCCUGGGGGUCCCCCAGCUCCAGGCAAGCCCAGCACACUGCAGCGGGGGGCACGCGCCCGGGUACCCUUGUGGGGUGUGGGGAUGCGCUGGCGCCUCACCUGUGGGUUUGGGGAGCAGCAGUGCAGGGUGAAGGGGCAGGGGAUGGUGCUGGCAGCCCCCCUGCAGCCCCCUAAAGCCGGGGGCGGCGGUGGCAUCCUUGCAAUGCGCUUGGCAUCGCCGCCCCCAGGCUGGCGCUCGCUGAUGUCCAUGUGAUCGAGGGGCUGCUCUGUGCUGCUGCUGGGUCCAGCCGGCGAGGAGAAGCCAGAAGGUCGAGCCAGCGUCCCCGGCGGAGCGUCCCCAGCACCGAGGAGGGUGCCCUGGCACCGGCUGGCACCCCCGGGGGCCACCCCUGCCAGGAUGCCCCGCAGGAAGAGGGACCCCAUCCUGCUGUCCCACGCCGAGCUGCCCAGCAUGGAUGGCGAGGGUCCCUGCACUGGUGGGGAUGGCCGGCGGUCCCUGUCGGAGGAGGAGGGCCACCUCCCCGGCCUCCCCCGUGAUGACCUCGCCAAGAGCAUGUCGGGCUCCUCCGUCUCCUCCUACCACUCUGCCCUGUGCUCAGAGGGGACAGAGACCUUCAAGGACUGCCUGGAGUUUCUGGAAGAGGAGGGGGUGCCCCCCCGGGCUGCCGCAGGGCACUGGGCUCCGGCGGGGCCCCCCACCGUCCCCCCACCACCCGGCCCCAGCGCCCGCCCGCGGCAGGCUCAGCUGUCCAGCGCUGCUAAGAAUAGCCCAGUGCCGGGGCAGGGGGGCAGGAUGGGUCCCCGCGGUGGGGACCGGCAGCCUGUCACCACCCCAGCCCCGGAGCUGGGGAUGCUCAGCGGGGCGCCCAGUGAUUCGGAUGAGGUGGACGGCGAGGUACGAGCACUGACGGCCAGGGCUUUCCACAGCCUCUCGGGUCUCCCUGGAGCUCGCCUGGACAUGUGCAGCUCCCACACCUCCUCCAGCCUCUCUAACUCGCUGUCAGAGGACGGCGGGCGACCGCGGCGGUGGCCGGUGGCUGGCAGUGAGCCCCGGGGCACGGUGGCCGCCCUCCCUGGCCGGGCAGGCUGGCCCUUCCCUGCCAGCACGGAUGGGGAGCUGCUGGGCUUACUGGGGAAGGAGCAGUUUGAGUGCGUGGAUGUGGAGCUGGAGAGCGGGGAGGCCAGGAAGGGCCACGGCAAGAAGAGGACCGUCCCGAAGCGCCAGAUCCUGCUGAAGAGGAAGGAGAGGAAGGAGACGGGUUUUGGCCCCCGGGGGGACGGUUCAGCCCCCCAGCCCCUACCCCCUGCCAGGAAGGAGCCCCCCAGCAAGGGCAGGGCUGUCGGUGAGGACUUCAGGCUCAACUACAAGCAGUUCGUGAAGACAGCCUCCCUGGAUGCCGACACCAGCAAGACCAGGGCAGCCUCUUGUCUGGUGAAAAACGUACUCGCCAAGAAGAUGCAAUAUGAGCAGAGGAUCAAGAUGGAGCAGAAGGGGCUGUGGGGCAGCUCGACCUCCUCGGGGCUGUCCUCCACCGGCACCGACCUGCUGGGGGACGGUCUGGAGGGCAAGUCCAGCUCACUCUCCCGCUCAGACUGCAGCUUCUCGGCUGAGGACCUGCGGGGUGGCAGGGUGCCGGCGGCCGCGGUGGCCCUGAGGGAUGUCACCACCACCACCCACCCCACCAAGGGGGUGGUGCUGAGUGAGGCGACGAGGGAUAGCGUCUGCAAGCUGAAGACGACCUUCAAUGAGCUCAACGAGAGGAUGAAGUACCAGGAGGUGCUGGAGGGCCACUGGCUGCCUGGUACCACCGAGGAACCGACGUCGGAGAGGAUCCGCUACCGGCGAGCGCGCGCCUUGUUCGAAGCCCACCCUGGGGUGGGGAAGGUGCUGGACAUCGCCCCCAGAUUUGAGAAAGCGCCAAAGCCGUGGCCCAGCCUGAAGCAGCGAGCCAUCCUCCCCAGCCACCCCCAAGCCCUCCCCUUCAAGGGCGACAGCCCAGCGCUCCCUGCCACGCCACCACACCGCCUCUUCACCUCCCAGGCGCAGGAGGUGAGGCUGGUGCCGCAGAGCCGGCAGGAGGAGAAGCUGCCAGUGGUGCCCCCACAGCCGCCCAGCCCCGGUCCCCCAGCCCAGGGGUGCCCACCGGCUGCCCCCCCCAAGCCAGAUGAGAAGGGGAAGGGGAAGGGGCGCAUCCCGCAGCCCCGGGACGUGCGCAAGCUGGUGAAGAGCAGCUACAACCUGUGCUUCGGGACUGCCGGCGCAUCCCGUGGCACCACAGCACCGGCGAGCACCGGGGACCCACCGCCGGCCACCCCGCUUGUCAUCCACUGCACCUCAGUCUGCCGCCGGGAGCCAGCGACGGAGCCAGGGGACAAGGAGGCGCUGGCAGCUGCCAGCCCAGAGCCAGCCCCACCAUGUGCCGACGACCCUGCAAAGCUCACGGGCAGCGGGCCCGUGCCCACCCAGGGCUCCCCUGUCCACAUCACGAGGGUCCAGGCCACGCGGAGGGGGGCGGCCACCACAGAGGGGCCACCAGCAUCCCCCCCGCGCCGGGAGCGCAGCGAGCUCAGGGUGCCACCACGGGCAAUGGUGGCCGAGGGGGUGCCACACAUGGAGACCCACCUCCAUGUCCUGGUGGGCCGGCGGUCCCCGGUGGCAGCUGGGGAGGGGUCCCCGGCCCAGAGCAGUGCGGUGCUGUGGGCAGAGAAGACCAUUCUCUUUCCGCCACCACCGCCGAGUCCCAAGGAGGGAGAGGAGGGAUGCAGCCAUGGUGGCACCGGAGGGCUCCUCACUGCCAAGGGGCUUGAGUCAACGGUGCAGCAGCACGGCAGCAGCGACAGUGGGGACCCCCAAGCUGGACCCCCAGCCAGCAGUGCACGCCCACAGCCUGUGAAACCAGCAGCAAGAAGCACGCCAGAGCUGCCCGUGAGCGAGCAGAGGCAGAAGCAGCCAGGCAGCCAGCUGGUGCCAACAGGGAGCGGCAGCUCUGCUGGUGACACCGGCCCCACCGCCCCAUUUCAAGCCAGGGAGGGCACCGAGGGUCCCCCUGGCCGGCUGCCGGAGCAGGGGGAGGUCUGGGAGCACUCACCAAAGUGGCCGGCACCCACCGAGCCAUACCUUCCUGCUGCCCCGGCGGAGAACUCCAACUACUUAGCAAUUCCUGUGAAAGCCCCCAAACCCUCUCCAAUGCCAAAGCUGCCCCCAGUCCCCAGCCUGGCCAGCACGUCCUUCGGGACCCCUGCAGUCCCCAGCCUGGCCAAUGCAUCCUUUGGGACCCCCACAGUCCCCAACCCAGCUAGCACAGCCUCUGGGACCCCUUUGGUCUCCAAGCCAGCCAGCGCAUCCUUUGGGACACCCAUGGUCCCCAACAUGACCAACUCAUCCUAUGGCUACCCAUCGGCCUCCAGCCUGGCCAGCACAUCAUUUGGGACUCCCUUGGUCUCCAAGCCCACCAACAAGUCAUUUGGGACCUCCUUUAUCCCCUACCCAGCCAGUGCAUCCUUUGGGACCCCCCUGGUUCCCAACUUGUGUGGUACAUCCUUUGGGACCCCCUUGGUCCCUAACUCAGCCAACGCACCCUUUGGGUCCCCUUUGGUCCAUAGUCUGGCCAACUCAUCACUUGGCACCCCCUUGGUCCCCAGCCCAGCCAGCUCAUCCUUUGGGUCCCCUUUGGCCCCCAACCCGGUCCCUGGUUCCCUUGGGCACCCAUCAGUCUCCAACACAGUCCACUCAUCCCUUGGAUCCCCUUUGGUCCCCAUCCCAGCCAUCGCUCCACUGGGGACCGGUGUGCGUCCCCUGACUGGUGGGGAAGUGCCCUGGAGCAAACCUAUCGCCGAGCCCCCCCUGCCUCAGCCCCCCGAGGGCCCAGCCGCCACCAAGCGCCCAGUGCUGCUGCCCCCAGCCCAGCCCCAGCCUCGCCCUGAGGAUGCUCCCCAGGUCCUAAGGAGGACCGAUGGUACCUUGCCGAGCAGUAAGACCACGCCAAGCCCCACCAGGCCCUUUGUCCCCCACCUGCCCACACACCGGAGGAUGCUCGUCGAUCCUGACAGUGGGAAAUGCUACUACAUGGAGCCACCGCAGCAGCCCCAGCUGAAAACACUCUACGACCCUGAGACCGGGCAGUACCUGGAGGUGCUCAUCCCACCGGUGGCCUCACACACUGGGCUCUACCAGGCUCCUUUCAACCCACUGGUCAUGGCCCCGGGGGUCUAUGGCCCACCCUACAUGCCUUACAGUGGCUUCUCGGGGCUGCCGGCACCCCCACCGCCCUCUGCCCCCUCUCCGGUGCGCCCUGACCUGCCAGCUGCUGACAACCCCAGCUCCUCUGGGACCGUCAGCUCUGCCUCCAAGAGCGAAGGGCCACCCGCUGCCGGAGGUCCCGACUGUGGGUACAUGGAGAGCCUGUAUUACAUCCCCACGGGGAUGCGGGCCAGCCCCGGCCCGCCCCCUGCCCACGCCAGCCCUGAGAAGGGACCGCUGCUCCAGAUGUGACGGCCCCUGGCUGAGGACAGACUUGCAUAGCAUGUCCUUUCCCGAUGGCUGGGCUUUCACCCCAAAGUCAGCAUCACCCCCAGCACGGGAGGGGUCCCCAGCCCCGGCCGAGCUGGUGAAGCACCGAGGGGUGAGGGGCAGUGGCUGGACAUCACUGGCUCCUCAUGGGAAUGGGGAGAAAAAGAUAUUUUCCAGUGUGAGCACCUGCCAGCACUGGGGGGGCCUGAAGCCACAUCCCCCGGCAAGCAAAGGGACCAGAUGCGCGGCCUCCACUUCCCCCCGUACUGCCGGUCCCAUCCCAAGGGUGACCGGGGCUGGUGGGCACAGGGGGUGAUGGCCUGGCUACCAUCAGCCCCCCCAGCAGGCACGGCUGCAGCACGGACUCCCUAAAAUAGUAAUAAAAAUGCUGAGCCAGCAUUAAAACCUGCGUAUUCAGCCUGUGUUUGUGUAGUCUGUAAAGGGGGUGUGAGGGGCUCCUGCAGCCCCUGUGGGGGGUCAGAGGGGCUGAGGCACUUGCAGCCCAUCUGUCUGUC